AUGUUAGUUGCUGUUGCCCUAGUGUUGUUACUGUCUACAGGCUAUGCUGGAAUCGUCGCCAUUGAUACCGAAUAUGAGUUCACCAUUGGUUUUCUUAGUACGAUAGAAAUAGGGUUUCCCCCACAAAGCAUAACGGCUCAAUGGGAUACAGGAUCGUCUGACCUCUUGGUCAAUUCCGUGACAAAUUCACAGUGUGCUCAGGACGGAUGUAGCUUUGGUGCGUUCGCCUUCAACAAAUCCACCACUUAUUCCAAUAUAACAAACCCUAACAACCUUCAUGUUCAGUUCUCCUUUGCAAGCGGCAGCGUGGUUGAUGACAAACUUGUGAGUGACACUAUUUUUGUAGAUUCCAAGGUAAUCCCACGGUUCAACUUUGCACUGGUAUCGAAGGGAGACCUGUAUGGUGAUAAUAUUUUUGGUAUUGGACCGAGAGGGAACCAGGGAACAUUCGAUUCCAAUGGAACUCCAGCUUUCUAUGAUAGCUUUCCUUAUCACUUGAAGGCCCUCGGUUUAAUCAAACGACUGGCUUACUCAUUUUACACUGGGCCCACCCAGGGAAAGGUAGUAUUUGGAGGGGUGGAUCAUGGAAAGUACGAUGGGUGCCUGGAGAAACUCGAGAUUGUCCAUGACAGUGCUUUUUACACACUGCUUGAGGCAAUUGAUGCUGAUGAUACUUCCGUCUUGGAUGAGCAAAUUCAUGUUUUGUUUGAUACUGGUACCGCCUUGACACUUUUUCCCAGCUUUAUUGCUGAACAACUGGCUGAUUUUUUGAAAGCUACAUAUUCGGACGAAUACAAUACGUUUGUAGUUCCCUGCGACCAAGAUUUUGAUUUUGAAUACCUUCAUUUUGGUUUUCGAAACAUUAAGUUGUCGGUGCGCUUUAAGGAUCUGUUUUUAGUCAUUGACGAUAGUGUUUGUGCUGUGGGGUUUGAUCAAGGGGCAGAUGCAAACAAGAUAACCUUUGGGUCUUCACUUUUAAGAAACUACUACACGCUUUAUGAUCUAGAUUCCAAAGAAAUUUUGAUUGCUGACGUCAAGCCUGAUGGUCCAGACGAUAUUGAAAUAUUAUCGGGUCCAGUUCAACGAAUUUGUGAUGAAAAGGGUGUCAGUAGCACUUCAUUAUGGAGUAGUCUGAGUAUAGAGUCCACGAUAGAACCAGACACUUUUACCACUAAGCCUUCUAUUUCCCAGACACGGUAUUCGACUAGCUCCAUUGGACCUCAAAACAUUUCUAACUCUUUAGGUGAAUAUCCUUCAGUUUCCGUCACUCUUUCUGAACACCAUAACACUACUUCCAUAGCCUCAAAUUCCUCAUUAGAAGGGAAACCAGCAACUCCAACUGUUACAGACCAGUCGUACCAGAAUAAUAAGACUACCUCUACCGUAAUUGCUGUGAAUUUGAUUACCCAUUCAACCACUCAUUCAACCACUCAUUCACCCACCUAUUCAACCACUCAUUCUAGUAAUGGAUCACGCUCAACUUUAGAGUACACUUCAACCAAGGAAUCCUCGGUGAAAAUGCCCUGUGCGUUGAUCAUCUCCGACACAAUUCCGUACAAUGCUUCCGGUGGGAAUAGUAGUUAUGGAUCGUUAAUUUCAACAUCUACGGUUAACAAUGUUGAAGAGAAUAAUUCAAACACUGUUAGACCAAGAAAAAGACAGACCUUCGUUUCGGGAACCACUUCCACGAUACUACUCUAUUCCUCAACUACGACCCAAGCAUAUCAGAUGUUGUCCUCAACUUCAAUCCCCCGACCAUCCAUAAAAGCCAGUUCAAAUGCUGGUAGCCGCAAAACUUCAAAGACAUUAUUAACAUUUAUCAUAUUGUAUAUUUUUUAG